AUCAGAAUUCGGCUAUCUCUAAAAUGGGCCAGCCAAUGGCUGCAGGGGUCACUGGUAUAUAAACCCAAACUGGACUAAUCUUGCUUGGGUGACCCCUAUUUCGGCUUUGGUGAACAGGAUCUGAUCCCAAGGACUGUUACCUCUUUUGUUGUCUUGUGUGCAGUGGUACAAUCGCAAUCAUGCCUUUCGGAAACACUCACAACAACUUUAAGCUGAACUUCUCAGUUGAUGAGGAGUUUCCAGACCUUACCAAGCACAACAACCAUAUGGCCAAGGUGCUGACUAAGGAUAUGUACGCCAAGCUUAGGGACAAGCAGACACCUACAGGCUUCACUUUGGAUGAUGUUAUCCAGACUGGUGUUGACAACCCAGGUCACCCCUUCAUCAUGACUGUCGGCUGUGUUGCUGGUGAUGAGGAGUCUUACGAUGUGUUCAAGGAUCUCUUUGACCCAAUCAUUUCUGAUCGUCAUGGUGGAUACAAAGCAACUGACAAGCACAAGACUGACCUCAACUUCGAGAACCUGAAGGGUGGUGAUGACCUGGACCCAAAUUAUGUUUUGAGCAGUCGUGUGCGUACUGGCCGCAGCAUCAAGGGAUAUGCCUUGCCCCCCCACAACAGCCGCGGAGAGCGCAGAGCUGUGGAAAAGCUGUCUGUUGAAGCUCUGAACAGCUUGGAUGGAGAAUUCAAGGGUAAGUACUACCCCUUGAAGUCUAUGACUGAUGCUGAGCAGGAGCAGCUGAUUGCUGACCACUUCCUCUUUGACAAACCCGUCUCCCCCCUGCUGCUGGCUGCUGGUAUGGCCCGCGACUGGCCCGAUGCCAGAGGCAUUUGGCACAAUGAGAACAAAACCUUCUUGGUUUGGGUGAAUGAGGAGGAUCACCUGCGUGUCAUCGCCAUGCAGAAGGGUGGCAACAUGAAGGAGGUGUUCAAACGCUUCUGCGUUGGUCUUCAGAAGAUUGAGGAAAUUUUCAAGAAGCACAACCAUGGAUUCAUGUGGAACGAGCAUCUUGGUUUCGUUCUUACCUGCCCCUCUAACCUGGGCACAGGCCUGCGUGGUGGAGUUCACGUCAAGCUGCCCAAGCUGAGCACACACCCCAAGUUUGAUGAGAUCCUGAAAAGACUGCGCCUGCAGAAGCGUGGCACAGGUGGUGUGGACACUGCUUCCGUUGGUGGCGUGUUUGACAUUUCAAAUGCUGACCGUAUUGGCUCAUCUGAGGUUGAACAGGUGCAGUGCGUGGUUGAUGGCGUCAAACUGAUGGUUGACAUGGAGAAGAAGCUGGAGAAGGGCGAGGCCAUCGACAGCAUGAUCCCCGCUCAGAAAUAAAGCGAGAGCCCUUCCUCUUUUUUUUUCUUGUCUUUUUUUUUUUAGUCCAUCAUGUAGUCUGACAGCAUUGCGGAGAAAACUGCUGCUCGAAAAGACAGUCUUGACUUUGCAUAUGUCUUUGCAUACUUCAUUAUCUUCUAUGUCAUUUCGCCAUCACUUUUUUCCACUUUGUUUCCUGUUCAGUCGGUAACAUCUUGGGAUCAGAUUCCCGGCACAGGUGUGAGUACCUGUCGUCGAGGCUUCACCUCAAUUUUAACCUUGGUUGUAAAAAGUGAAUCAAGUCAAUCAAGUUGUAUUUAAAUAAAAAUACCUCAUAAAAACA